AUGACCAGCCCAGACAAUAUGGUUGCUGCCAGUGUGUACGCACGGAGGCCAAAAGGGGUUCGGGUGCCAGCGGGCCUCAACCCGUACAAGCUUGUUGCGUGCGACAUGGAUGGCACGCUGCUCAACAGCAACCACUCUAUCUCCGACUACACCCGCACCGUUCUGUCGAAGCUGCUGGCGCGUGGUGUGCACAUUAUCUUUGCCACGGGCCGCCCGUUCACGGAUGUCUAUCGCAUUAAGCGCCGCCUUAAUAUCUUCGCAGCCACAAAGUUCAUCCCGACGCCGGGUCUUCAAGUGGUCACGCCUGUAGAGUCCUCGCCGACCUCGCGCUACCCAUCCGGCUCGCCGAACAGCUCCCACAGCGUCUUGCCGCCAACCCCGUCCUCGACCUGCUCAGGGACAGGACCGAACGAGACGGAGAAGAUCAUCCCACGCUGCUUCGCCAUCACGUCUAACGGGGCAUGCAUCUACAACGAAGCGAACGAGCGCAUCUACGAGCGCACCAUCGAUCCGCGCAUUGUGCAGGAACUCUACUCGGUGUUCAUGGAUGACCCCGAGGUGAACAUCAACGUCUUCCGCAGCGUCGACGAGGCGGACCGGCAGCAGCAGGGAUACACGAACCCAAGUGACCAGCCGGACGACAAGGCCAGCGAGGAGUGGAUCUGCCGGUACCCGUGCGAUCUCGAGGCAGCGCUCUACAAGGAGUCGCGAUUCACCUUUCGCGUUGUCUCUAACCUGGAAAAGACAUUCCCAGUGGACCGCGUGAGCGAGAUCUUCUUUCUCUGCUACAACCCCGAGAAGAGCGCCCUGGUGGAGUCCGACAUUAACAAGCGAAUGAAAGAGCUGGCGGAUGAGCUGAAGCUGGAGACGUCCGUUCGCGUGGCGCCGUCUGCGACGUACUGCCUCGACAUUGUUCCGUCCGACGUCAGUAAAGCGUCGGCACUGCAGCAUGUUCUCGACAAGCUUGACUUGACGAUGGGCGACUGCAUCGCCUUUGGUGACGGCCUCAACGACGUGGAGCUGCUGUCCUCGGUGGGAAAGGGGUGUAUCAUGGGGAACGGCAACCCACGACUGAAGAAGCUGCUGCCGCACCUCGAGGUGAUUGGCCGGAAUGACGACGACGCCGUCGCCCGAAAGCUCAGCGAAAUCUUCGACAUGGACGAUGAGCUUGGUGACAUUGGAAAUCCCCUGCGCUCUUCUACGUGA